AUGUCUCUCCUUGAUGCAAUCUCUAAUAUCUACAAGACGAAAUGCAACAUCCCACAUCACUCAGACAACAUUCCCCUUCCCUCAGACAACAUCCCUCAGGCAACAUCCCGCUUCCCUCAGAUAACAUCCCACAUCCCUCAGACAACAUCCCCCUUCUAUCAGACAACAUCCCACAUCCCUCAAACAAAAUCCCCCUUCUCUAAGGCAACAUCCCACAUCACUCAGACAACAUUCCCCUUCCUCAGACAACAUCCCUCAGGCAACAUCCGCUUCCCUCAGAUAACAUCCCACAUCCCUCAGACAACAUCCCCUUUAAUCAGACAACAUCCCACAUCCCUCAAACAAAAUCCCCCUUCUCUAAGGCAACAUCCCACAUCACUCAGACAACAUUCCCCUUCCCUCAGACAACAUCCUGCAUCCCUCAGACAAAAUCCCCCUUCCCUCAGACAACAUUCCCCUUCCCUCAGACAACAUCCCACAUCCCUCAGACAACAUCCCCCUUCUACUCCACUAAAACUGUGA